AUGCCACUUGGACAUUUGGAGAGCAAAACAACAUCACGCCCGACAACUUCUCCAGCGCUUCGCAGGAUGGGUCAGGCGCGCACCGCUGCCGGUGGGCUGGCGGAUGCCGUUGCGCAGACCACACUACUGUCGGCAGCCGACUGUGACUUGAUCCAGGAAUUGCAGCAUUCCCUGUCAGCAGAAGCGGCAAACGGCCGAGGCUGUGGGGGGCUCCUCGCGGCCAUACUUGAUCACUUGGCUCAUUUCAAGGCACACAUCCAUGACGACGGUUCUGGGACUGCUCUUGUUGGUACUGGUAACGUCUGGGGUCCGAUCAGAGCCGAGGCACACACAUCGCGUGGGAAGAGCGAGGUCACCGUCACCAUCACCGGGCCAGGUCCUGAGGAUCGCUUUUACGUGCCCCUCAGCAGUCAUGACGAUGCCUCGCACACGGUUGCAUUUGUUUCUGGGGUGGAUGCUGCAUGUCGGGCUAUCAAAGACAUACACAGUCACUGCGUGCUAGUCAUUCAGAAGCGCCAAGCGCUUGAGGCAGCACAGAUUCGUCUAACGCAACCCGCCGACUCCACCGUGAGCGAACACAUCAGACUUCUUCGUCAGUAUAACAAAGUCAAAGACGCCGGCCAACAACUCAUUGGUCUGAACGCCGACAACCGCGGUGUCCCCGUCGGGUCACUCUACGCCGACGAGCACUAUGGAGUAGGACCCAACGAUUAG